GGUCAUGAGAGCGCGAUUGAAGAUCGACUGGGUAAAAAGUCCUCGGAAACGUGUAUUAUAGGGGGGAAGUGAUAAUAAAUACGGUUGACAGUAAAAUCUUUCUCGACUUUCUUGUACCCUCUUUGUAUUUUUUCUAUCCUUGGACGGGGUUGAGAAGGCUUGUCUCGGUUUGUUUACCGGAUUUUACAAAGAUUUCAAAUGGCACGUCUUUUGAACGUGGUGCUUUCCUCGUUGUUGUUGGGGACCGCCUAUGCCCAGAGCCAGGGCAGCCAAGGAAGCGGCAGUGGGGAUUCCAGCCUGCCUCAGGCUAAAUACAGUCGUACCAGUGCUGCCAGUGUCGUGACAAGCGACAAAUGGCUGUUGAUAGGUGGGACGGCUCGCACUUGGACGAGCUCAGCGGCGUCAGACGCAGCUUUUGAUGAAGCACAACAAGCGCUGGUGUCCUCCAUUACAGUCUUUGAUCUAAGCGACAAGAGCGUCCAAGAUGUUGCGGUUGGUCCGGGAAGGGAUGGUGUAAAUCGUUUGAACAGCACCGCUCAGACCUGCGAAUUCGAUUCUAAAGGAAACAAGAUUUACUGUUUUGGUGGUCGGACGAUUUCUCCCGCAGGGGCAGAUCGUACCCUUUUGUCUGGUAUUGGGGUCUUCAAUCCCGCUACCUUUGAAUGGGAAGACACUAGGCAGACAAGCAUUCCGGAACGAUGGGGGCACACUUCUGUAGUCCUUGGCGACACCAUGUAUAUUUACGGAGGCCGAGACAAAAACAACAAGCUUCUUAACGACCUCUGGGCUGUCAAGUUCCCCUACCUCAACACCCAACAAAUUCAGACCUCCAGCGGUCCGACACCUCGCGCCUGGCAAUGUACGACGGCAUUGAACGACACAGCUUUCCUCGUAGUAGGGGGCACAGGGAACAAUGGACCGUUGGCCGAAGCGUGGGUAUUCAGCAAGGAAGAUCAAACCUGGACCGAUAUUUCCCAGCAAUUAUCAGGUGUUCCGUUGGAUAGAACUGGCAGGGUUUGUGGUUUGGUUUCUGGAACUGUAGUGUUGUAUGGCGGAUUGGACAAGCAGAACCAGCUUCAGAGUGAUGUCUGGAACAUUGAUAACACGACGUUCCAAGUUUCCCAGUCCUCUGCUACCUCGUCUCGUCGUCUCCAUCGUCGCCAGCAAUUUGCGGGGACACCCACUACUAGGGUGUUUGCCCAAUCCGCCGCGCUUUCUCCCUACUUUGCUGUGUUCGGAGGUCAAACCGGCGUAGACCCCAAUCUUCAGGAAUGGGUAGCCAACGACAAGACGUUUUACUUUCGCGAUACCAAAGCCUCCAGCUGGGUACCCUCAAGCGACCAGCUUUCGUUCCUCUCUCCCACGGCAUCUGGUAGUGUCGUUGGGCAAGAAACCGGAGCGACAAAUGCCGUGUUGGCUGACACGAAUGGAUGCGGGCGGUACUGCGUGUCUCAAGGAGCUUUAGCUGGUCUUUUGGCUGGAGGCAUCGCCCUAUUAGCAGCGUUUGGUCUCCUCGCAGCGUUUAGUUUAGCAAUGAAGGAAGGAAGACGUAUCAUGCGACACCAUCGGUACCAGGACCUAGAGGCAGGAAAACCCGCUCGGCAAACAGAGUCUAUUCAAAGGAGCCAGAACAUGGAUGAGGCUAACAGAGAUAUCACACCUCCCAGUACUGCCAUGACGACUCACCCCGCCCCGGUCCCGCUUUCCACGCCUAAUACUCCGUCUCCCACCCCGAUUGCAACAGCUCUGCCAAGCACAUUCACAUCAUCGGCCCCUCAAACUCCUCAUCGGAGUGAUUCUCGUCGUCGUGUCCACUCACCACUCGCUGCUGCAGCCCCCACUGCUCUCCCGCAAGGUAAAGUCUAUAAAGUUCUCUGGCAGGCUACCCCAUCUCAGCCGGACGAAAUUGAUGCCGAUGUCGGAGAUGUGGUUGAGGAGAGGAGGUUAUUUGCGGAUGGUUGGGCCAUGGUUAGGAAUUUGACCAAGGGCGGAACGGGCAUGAUUCCUGUCAACAUAUUGCAGGAAUUGAAAGAAGGUGAUGAAGGAUAUCCGUCUGGAUUGAGGUUGUAAAAAGCCGAAUGUGUUCUGGACAACAUUGGCGGUUAAUCUGCUGUAUAUACCCUGACGGCAGUCAAAAGGAAGAAGGCCGCCCUCAUUUUACAAUUACUCAAUCAAUAAACAUUUUGUUCAAGUUGCAUCAUUCCGUUCAAAAUAAAGAUAGUAAUGUUCAGAUUAAAAGAAAAAAAAAAGAGUAAAACAUUA